AUAUUUAUUUUAAAAGUUAAUCAGUCGGUAAACCAGAUUUCCAUUUUAUUUGUAUACAUGAACAUAACCCAAGUUUUUGUUUAUGUUUAAUUAUCCAGUUUUGUAGUUUUUGCUGUUGUUGUAUUAUUCAAGACAGAAAUGGCAACUGGGUUUAGUUUUGGGGCCAAAACAACCGCGCCCCCCACGUUUGGUACUGGUUCCAUAACAUUUGGAACCCCGGCAAACCAACCAAGUCAGCAGUUCGGUUUUGGAAACGCCCCCACGUCCACUCCCAAUUUAUUCGGAUCCCAGCCCGCUACCUCAACCCCUAGCACUGGUUUCGGAUUUGGAGCAACAACCCCUGGCUUUGGGGCCGCAGCUCAAAACCCUGGAUCCACCAGUUUUGGUUUUGGGGCUCCGGCUGCAAACACAGGGCUGUCUUUUGGUACCCCAGCUUCAACAGCGGCUUCCACCGGUUUAGCGUUCAAACCCCCAGCUUCAACGGGGCUCAGUUUUGCCACUCCCGCCUCAACGGGGCUUAGUUUUGGAACCCCAGCUUCCACAGGCUUAAGUUUUGGUACUCCAGCUGCCUCAACGGGGCUCAGUUUUGGGGCUCCGGCCUCAACCGGUCUGACUUUCGGUACUAGCACUUCUGCUCCAAGUACUGGACUUAGUUUCGGGGCUAGUACCUCAGCCCCGAGCACGGGACUGUCGUUUGGGGCCCCAGCAUCGACACAAAGCACGGGGCUUAGUUUUGGGGCCCCUGCGUCGACUCCUGCCACCGGUUUUAAUUUUGGGGCCACAACUUCGGCCUCUACUCUUGGCUUGAGUUUUGGGGCUACGAGUACCGCAGCGCCGAGUUUAAGUUUUGGGGGUGCCACCACCACCACAGGGCUUAGUUUUGGGACUGGGAGUAGUGGUUUAGGGGGACUUGGGAGUCUCGGGACGUCUUCAACUGGUCUAAAUUUAACGUCAGGGGCUACUACUACCACUACACAAAGUGUGGGUUUGGGGGGUAUAGCUUCGACUCAGUCUAAACCUGGGGGUAGUUCCUCGGCACAGAAAGAAUUACCACCAAAGGAACAACUGUUACCGAAUGAAUUUUCCCAGUUGGUGGAACAAUUUAAAAAUAUUGUUCAGGAAGAGAAAAACCGGAGUUCGGACGUUGCGCGUUGUUCUGUUAAAGAAUUUCGAAAAGUUGAAUCAGAGUUGGAUUCUUUGAACCACCAGUUUAAUCAAGUUGAAAACCAGUUGUUGAAUAAUCGUAGUCUUGCUGAACAGUUAAAGUAUGACACUGCCAAGGGUUUGCAAAAUAUUGAAAUGGCUCAACGUACUCAAGACACGCCCCCGAGUCUUCAAUACGAUAACACAGCCCCCUUACAAUUUUUCCUAGAACUUGCGGACACGUUUGAAAAGGAAUUGCAAACGUUAAAACUAAAAAUUGACAAUACUGAGAAGUUCGUCAAGAAAUGUAGCGAACCAAAUGUUCUAACAUCACAAGAUCUAGCCUUGGGUUUAAAACGACUCCAUGAGACUUUUGUGGCUUUGGCAGGCCGUAUGCAGUCAAUUCAUAGUCAAGUCGAAACCCAGAAAGAAGUUUUCCUAAGUUUGCGUAAGCAAGCGAUUAAAGACAAUAUUAACCCGUUCGAAAAAAUGGAUAGGAACAUGGAGGCCAUGCAUACAGUUAUGAAAAAUGCACUCAAGGCUACGCCCCCGAACCUGGCUUCGGGGCCCACGCCCUUCAACAGCAUAGCCCUUGGGAGCAACAAUUUGGCGAUUGCGAGUCAACAAACCCAACCGACGUUUCCGUCAACAACUACAAGUUUAGGUUUUGGUUUAGGAAAUACAGCCCCGACUUUCGGAACCCCAGCUUCAAACACUUCAAUGUUCAAACCGACAGGUUUUGGGUCCUCUCCUUUUCAGUUAAAUACGUCUCCAAAUUUUCAAUUGCAAAAACCCCCAACUGGUAAUAAAAGAGGCAAACAGUAGAUGAUAAAGUUUUAUUGUAAUAGAUAUUUUUUUAUAAAUUAGCAACUUGUUAUUUACAUAAUGUUGAGACUUAUGAUUACACCGCGCCCACUUGAAGAACAGGUAUUAAAAGCUGAAAAGCGUCCUGAAUGUAUGAACUACUAUUUGCGGCCUGUAAUAUUUCAGUCACAGUUAAAAUAUUAAUUAUUAAAUUAAAAAAAUUACCUCAAAGAAUACAUUCGUUAUGAGACUGUUUAUUUCUUCUUUGUUUUUCGAGCUGGAACUUUUGGUGUUCAGUUUGUCUGAGAAUUUUGCUGCAACGACGCCAAUUAGCGAUGUUAAAGUUGUUGUCAACCUAAAAGGCAUUUUGUUAAAAUUUUUGUAAUAAAACCAAUUUCUCAAUA